ACCCCUCUUUCACACGCUUGAUAGAUUCAUGUUUGUUUUUUGCAGUGUAGCAAAUACUAGUUCCAAAAUUGUAUUGAUUUGAAUUUUAUUUGUUGAAUCCAGACAUUAUACAUAGAAAACGAACAGAAUUACGUUAACAUGACGCUUUCAGACGAUUUGGAAGUCGAUUGUUGUGAAGAAGAAUUGAGUGAAGCUCAAGUGAACUUUUAUUCAAAUGCCAUAAAGGAAUAUGAAAAAGCUUUGUCAGAAGCCAACCAAAUCAAGAAAGAAGGUUCUUCAGUCACAAAAACAGGAAAUGUUUGGUUAGUGAAAUCUACUUACCUGGUUAAAGUUAGAAAUCCAGUACCACCGGCAACACAACUACCACCAUUAGUUGGCCAGCAUUCUCUUAAUAAUCCCCGGAGUGGACCUAAUUUGUUCAUGGUGCGACCCCCUAUUCCUACUGCACCCCCCCUCUCAACAAAAAUUCUGGUAUCAACCAAUCAAUCUUCAAUUUCCACACCAAUAACCCAAGAAGGAACACCUACAGUUGUUAAUGAAGCUUCACUUCCAGUUGUUGAAGAAACCCCAUUUCCAGCAUCACAGUUACUUUCACAAUUCACUGUAACUACUGCCAAAAAACAGAAACCAGCACCAUUGUCACAUACUCCUGAAACUCUACAAGUUUCUCAAGUGGUUCACAGUAGUCACCCACCAAUUGUAACACAAGUUACUAAUUCUGCAAAAGUUAUCCAAAUUGCCCCAACUGUCAAAGUUUCCCAUGUUGUUCAAAUUCCUAAAGUUGCCCCAGCUUCCCAAGCUGUGUUGGUUACCCCUUCCAUACAGCUUAGUGGAAAUGCCAAGAAGGCGAAUAGUAAUCCAUCUCCUAAUGCAACAAAGCCCAAUAAACCACCAGAUGCUCCCACAGUUCCUGCACCUGUACAAUCCAAUCAGCUGAUGACUGCAGUGACAUUGCCUUCUAACCCUCCUCCUCCAGCAAAGAGUGUCCAAAAAGAAUCUGGUCACACUUCUGAAGAUCCAAAACUCUUGUCCAAAACCAUUCCAUCACUCUGUGUCGUUGUUCGCCCUGCAAAUGCAGUUCCUGAUGCUGUGAAUGCCAAGAAACGAGAAGCUCUAGAUUCAUUUGUCAAAAGUCGUUUAGUCCUUGAUGGUCGUCGGUUUGCUGAAUGGCUAAUGCAAGUAGGGCUACUGCGAAGUCAGCAAUUCGGUUUAUGUCGGACACAUUGUAACGGGAACCCAACACCGGUCCCUUUACAACUUAGGAUGUAUGCUGAAGAGAAUAAAUUUCCGUACAGCGGAGGCUAUGUAUGGAUAUCAAAGUGUUGCGAUCGCAAUUUCGUUUCCAUCUUUCGUGAAUCGAUAUUUGAAGAUGCGGCUCAUUCACCAACUGUUUUAUUAAAGUUGAUCUACCAUUGGGCUUGCCAGACAACUGUCGCCAAUGUAGUACAAUGGGUGAAAAUAGAUCAUCCCUAUCUUCGCCUAUUUUAUACCAUGUUGCGAAGUGUUUGUACGGUUGAAGUCCACACCAGCACUCCGUUAUUCGGUUCCAAGAACGGUCGCGUUGAAGUUGGAGUUAUAUCGUUGGGAACAACGUCAACAGAUGGAAAACGGCGGGAUGUUAAGGUUGAAGUGCUGGGCGUCUAUGAUCAAGAAACGAAAAAACUCCGGCUCCGUGCCUGCGAACCAAUCGUUGGAGAUACCCGUAGUCGAGCUCGAUUCACCAAAAUACUGGAACCUCUUCCAAGAUGGGUGAACCAGAAGUCAGUUAUCAUGACUGAUUUCACUGUUGACCGUACUGCUCUCGAAGAGCUUGGAUUUCAUCAUGUUGUUCAGAAAAACUUGAACACGGUACCAGCCGAUGACCGCCUCAAUAAUCGCACGGUGAUGGAUUAUCUCCGUAAAACUGUACCGAAGGUGUUCCAGAAUACCUUGUCCCUUCUGUCUACGGCAACGAUUCAGCAGUUUCUUGAUGAGCUUAUUUGGCGAGAAAUCAACGGUCAGUCAUCGUCUGACGCGUUCCACAACAUUAUCCGUGAUAUUAGCGCACAGGCUCGUGCAGAUACUGGUGUGCCAUUAGUCAAGCGACUACCCAUUGUAUCGGUUGAUCCAUUCAAAGACUGGAGCAUUAACCAAACCAAAGCAAACAUACACAACACAGUUUCUUCAAACGAAACCAUCAUUACCAGCUCAGGAGCUAUGAAACGGCCCAUUUCAUCAACUAGCAAAGAUGCUUCUGCAGCCAGCGGUGCAAGCAACCCGAAAGAAGCGCGUUCUGCUUUAUACUAUGCCACCAUGUCAGAUUCAGGCAAAGAGGCUACCUCAUGCGAUCCAAAGGAAGCGGAGACCGCACAACCCACUUAUCUACCUUGUCAGCACGCGAACUGUCACAAGGUGACGAAAAGCAAUUUGGAAAUGAUGAUGCAUUUGAGGCAGCACUUGGUUGAGGACUCAGUGAGCGAUGGGAAGGACUGGAAAGAACAUUGCAGCUACUGCUUGGAUACGCUAGCUACGGUUGGCCAGAAAAAAGGGCACGAAGAAAUUCGCCACACCUUUCUUUCGUCGUUCAGUGUUCAAAAAUCGAGAGAAGAUGUUGCCACGGUUAAAGAUAUAAUAUGUUUAAUCUGUCACGAGAGAUUUGUCUCUCUUCGCCUGUUAGACCAUCACCUGGAAAAAACGCAUGUGUAUUGCGAGAUGCCCUAUCGGUGCCGUGUGUGUCAAUUCCAGACGUCAGUGCACUCGCAGUUGAUUGAUCACUUUUACGACAAUCAUAAGAAAAGCUUGCAUUUGUUAUGCCCGUUGUGCCUCGAUACGUUCGACACGAAAGGCGACAAUUUAGCUAAAGGGUUCGAUACAGGCCAUUUGCAAUAUUUGCAACACCUGAAAAAUCAUCUUCCGUUGACUAAUGGCCAUACUUGCAAACGCUGUGUUUUGACUUUCCAACAAUACGACCAGUUACGGUACCACGUCCGCACGGAUCAUACGUCAGCCGUUGCGAACGCCCAAGUCCGUCCUUUCUCUUACACGGUCAUAAAACCAAACAGCAAUAGAGUUAUGCAGCCAGCCAGUCAGCAGAGUCAAACGAUGAUACAGUCUAACCCAUCCAUUAUGACAAUCUUACCACUUUCAUCCGAUUUGAUGUCCCCAAUUUCCGACUCUUGUUCCCAAAACACAUCGGCAUCUGGAUCUGGAAUCAAAUCAGGAGUUAGGACGUACUCUAAAGAUUUUCUCCAAGACAUACCGAACACAAGUGUAGCUCGUCGACUUCCGAAUGUGAUUCUGACGGACGAUAUGCUUCUUACGGUUAAUCUGUGCAUUGAGUGCAAAGAGCCUUUGAAGAAGAAAAAUCAUUUCACUGGAUACAUGUGUUGCACUCUCUGUCGCUUUUCAACUUGCUGCUGCAUCGCCAUGAAACAACACCAAAAUCAUGUCCAUAAAGGAAAAUCAGGUCCAAUUCUCGGUUCAGUUUACGCUCUGAGUGAGGCGGUGAAAUGCAAGUGUGGAUUCUCCAGCACCAGCGGACUUGAAUUGGAACGUCAUCUGGUUCAUUGUGGGGAGAAAUCAGUCAUCGUUGCGCCGUAAAUCUCACUUUGAACAGGAAUAGAAAUUACGGAAGGUAACCAGGCCAUCAGCAAAUACCUGGCCAUGCCAGUAUUUCAAUCAUUUGCAUUGCUUCUAUUUGAUGACCGUAUCCAAACAAGUUUCUAUACAAUUUUAAGCAAGUUUUUUUUUUUACCAUUCUUGAAUGCUGUACAACUGUUUCAACCAAUCACGCGACGAGGGAAGCGC